AAGUUCACCGAAGCCUUCCCGCUUGUUUAUUGUUCAUUUCCCGCUCUUCUUAUAUAUUUCUUUUCCACCGCCGCACAGAUUUUAACUCAAACGCAAAGGGUUUAGUGUUUUCAAUCAUUCAAUUUCAAGGCAAUGGACACUUCAAACCCAGCUGUAUUUGUAAAUGGCGAGUUGCUUCCAAAGUUCAUAGGAAAGAAAGUACGAACGGUGGUUCAGGUGAAUAAAUGUGAUGGUGUGGUCAGUGCAGCAAAAUCCACAGAUGAUCAAGAACUAACUGUGAAUGGUUUGCCACAAGUCCCUCUUAUGAAUUUUGUUGAAGUAAUUGGUAUUGCGGAAACUAAUCACUCCAUCAAUGCUGAAAUCUGGACUGACUUUGGCACCACUUUUGAUACCAAUUCUUACAAUCAGUUAUGCCAACUAGCAAAUGGAGAAUUCAGAAAUCUGUUUCUCUAGGGACCUUACCGAAUGUUUGAUCAGGAAUUGAACGGUAUGGAAUUGCAGCCUUCAUUCUUGGGUGUUAGGAACUUAGGAUGUAAAUGUAUGAUCAAAAGCAAUGACUAGAAUGCAUGUUUAUUCAGAGGAGCAGGCAGAGCAUGUGCUCUGUAUGAACUCUCUUUUCUCUUGGAGAUACUCGUAUCUGGUUAUCUCUAAUUUAUGUCUGGUUUGGUUUGGUUUAUAAUUAUAUACGGCCCUACAAUGUUUACCUAAGUUUAUAUAUGCACGUUACCUCUAAUGUUA